AGGUCCACCAGCUGGAGCAACGGUAUAUAAACUCUGUGUUUAGUCCAGGAAGGCAUCCUUCACCCAGAGACUGCUGCUGCUGCUGCUUGGAUUCAUCACAACAAGAUGGCGUCAGGUCUGCUCUUCCUGCUGCUCCUCGGGAUCGGAGGAAAUAUUUAUUGUGAAGCACAAUCAGAUUGUCCUCUUGACUGGACUGAGUAUGACAACAAUUGUUACCAAUAUGAGGAUCAGGAAAAGACUUGGGCCGAUGCUGAGGCAUUCUGCAAUCAAGAAGGUGGAGAUCUGACCUCCAUCCAAAACACAGAUCAGUACAACUUCAUCAGGGAUCUGAUCGUCAAAGGAGCAGGAUUCAACCAAAAGUCUUGGGUUGGAGGCACCAAUCUAGACACGGGCGGUGAGUGGGUGUGGGCCGAUGGAACACCGUUUACCUUUACCAACUGGGGUCCAGGUGAACCCAACAACCAAGGUGGAAACGAGCACUGCAUGGACAUCAACCUGCGCGAGCAAGAUUAUGUCAACGACGAGGAAUGCACCCAAGAGCUCUCCUUUGUCUGUAUAAAAGCCAUUUAAGGGUGUCCUUGUUGUCCCACUCCUCUGAAACUAUGAUGUCACCUCUAGUAGGACGUCAAGCCUCGAUGACAUAACUUCAAAUAAAAGCAUGUCUCUCUGCA